CAAGCGUGGCGAGGAAGACUCGUCGUGAGCGCGCACAGGGAGGCUUGACGUCACUGAGGCGCCCUGGCUCUCCUGAGCCGCUGCCUGGUACUGCUGGCGAAAAAAAAGAUGGGAAAAUCAGAUAGACACCUACCGAGCAAAUGAACAUAAAAUGACGGUUUCUGCAGACGAUUUCCACUUGACAGAGGAUUCGGUAUUGGCACCGAUUUGAGCAGCACCAGACAACGAGAGCAGAUUGGUGUCCAUAAUUUGUACCACUGGAUAGCUCCUUUUUGAAUAAGAAAGCCCGUCAGCGUCGUCUCCGCAUCCAGACCUCUAUUUUAUCAUGAACAUUGUGCCCUCCUUCUCCAGUUGAAGCAGGAUCACCGCCACAUAUUCACCCGACUGGUGCAAGUCGCAGCCACAAAAUCAGCAACAAUAUACACAGAUACUUGCAGUCGUACGUCAGUGUUGCUGUCAGCGGCGUCCUUCUAUUUAGCAGAAGAUGUACGGUAGUGCCCGCUCUGUUGGCAGAGGGGAUGCCAACCAUAGUGGAGGAAGAGAUGGAGGUGGUACUGGUAAUCAGGGAUCUGGCCGUUCCCCUCGUCUUCCCCGUUCUCCUCGGAUGGGACACCGUCGCACCAACAGCACUGGAGGCAGUGGAGGGGGACCUGGAGGAGCGGGAGGCAAGACGCUUUCCAUGGAGAACAUCCAGUCCCUCAAUGCUGCGUAUGCCACCUCAGGACCAAUGUACCUGAGUGACAAUGAGGUCGCCAUGGCAGGUGACCAUCUUCCCAAAAGUGGUGGGACAGUGACGACGAUGGGGAGACAGAGGGUGACAUAUGGGUCUAGAAGCAGCAGCAGUGGAGUUGUGGCUGCCAGCACCCCCAACAUCUCCACCUCAGUGCCUGGCAAUGCUGUGCUUCCAGCAGGCAUGAUGGCAGGUGAUGCUCUAGCAUUUGGGGACCACCACAUGGCCUCCACUGUGCCCCAUUCUCUAAGGCAGGCCAGAGACAACACCAUACUGGACCUGCAGGCGCAACUGAAAGAGGUUCUGCGUGAGAAUGAGAUGCUGCGGCGAGAAGUGGAAGUUAAGGAGAGCAAGCUCAGUUCCUCCAUGAAUUCUAUCAAGACCUUCUGGAGCCCAGAGUUAAAAAAGGAGCGAGCUCUGAGGAAAGAUGAGGUCUCAAAGAUCACCGUCUGGAAGGAACAAUAUCGCGUCAUUCAAGACGAAGCACAGCAUCUCCAGAUGACUGUUCAGGCACUUCAGGAUGAGCUGAGGAUCCAGAGGGACCUGAACCAGCUGUUCCAACAAGACCCCGCUAACCAAGGCCGGGACCUGGCCCUGACUUCUGAACCUACAGAGGAAAACUACCGGCGGCUACAGGCUGAGCACGAGAGGCAGGCUAAAGAGCUCUUCCUCCUCAGAAAGACCCUGGAGGAGAUGGAGCUGAGGAUUGACACGCAGAAACAAACCCUGGGAGCCAGAGACGAAUCCAUCAAAAAACUUCUGGAGAUGCUGCAGAGCAAAGGCCCAUCUGCCAAAGCAUCAGAGGAGGACCAGGAGCGGACCAGGAGACUGGCUGAUGCAGAGAUGCACAGGCAUCACCUUGAAAGUUUACUGGACCAGAGAGACAGAGAGAUUAGUGCACUAAGAGAGCAAGAGCUGCACCGUCGGUACGAAGGAACCCCCGAAUCCACCAAAACUAAGGCUCUGCAGACUGUCAUAGACAUGAAGGAUGCAAAAAUCAACUCAAUGGAGCGUAGCCUGAGAGACAUGGAGGAGGAGCUGCUUAUGAUGAAAUCCAAUGGGCUCCUGAGCUGUGAGGAGCGUCAGGAGGAGAUGAAGCAGAUGGAGGUGUACCGUAGCCACACCAAGUUUAUGAAGAACAAGAUGGAGCAGGUGAAGCAGGACCUCUCCAGGAAGGACACUGAGCUGCUUGGUUUGCAGACCAAGCUGGAGACGCUCACCAACCAGUUCUCAGACAGCAAGCAGCACAUUGAAGUCCUCAAGGAGUCCCUCACUGCCAAGGAGCAGCGGGCUGCCAUCUUACAGACAGAGGUGGACGCCUUGCGCCUGCGUCUGGAAGAGAAGGAAGCAACUCUCAAUAAGAAGAGCAAACAGAUACAAGAAAUGUCAGAAGAGAAGGGCACGCUCAACGGGGAGAUCCACGACCUCAAGGACAUGCUGGAGGUUAAGGAGCGCAAAGUUAAUGUGCUACAGAAGAAGAUUGAGAACCUGCAGGAGCAGCUGCGGGACAAGGAGAAGCAGAUGAGCAGCCUGAAGGAGAGAGUAAAAUCUUUGCAGGCAGACACUUCCAACACUGACACUGCUCUCACCACGCUGGAGGAGUCCCUCGCAGAAAAGGAGCGCAUCAUUGAGCGUCUAAAGGAACAGCGGGACAGAGACGACCGGGAGAAGACGGAGGAGCUUGACUGUAACAAGAAGGAACUGAAGGAGUUGAAGGAAAGACUGAGUUUACUGCAGGGAGACCUGUCAGACAGAGAGACAUCUCUGUUGGACCUAAAGGAGCAUGCAUCAUCCCUGGCUUCCUCUGGGCUGAAGAAAGACUCCAAACUCAAGAGUCUGGAGAUUGCCUUGGAGCAGAAGAAGGAGGAGUGCCUCAAACUGGAAAACCAGCUUAAGAGAGCUCAAAAUGCAGCCCUGGAGGCUCAGGCCAACACAGAGUUGGCCGAACGCAUUAGGAAUCUUGAGCAGGAAGUGGCCCGCCACAAAGAGGACUCUGGGAAAGCUCAGGCUGAGGUGGACCGCCUGCUGGAGAUCCUACGGGAAAUGGAGAAUGAGAAGAACGACAAGGACAAAAAGAUCAAUGAACUAGAGAGUUUGACCUCCAGGCAGAUGAAAGACCAGUCAAAGAAGGUGGCCUCUCUGAAGCACAAGGAGCAGGUGGAGAAGAGUAGGAAUGCUCGACUCAUGGAGGAGGCCAGGAAGAGAGAGGACAACAUGUCUGAGAACUCCCAGCAGGUGAAGGACACUCUGCGUCAGAAGGCAGAGCGCAUAGAGGAACUGGAGGAGGCCCUGAGGGAGAGCGUUCAGAUCACUGCGGAGCGAGAGAUGGUACUGGCACAGGAGGAGGCUGCCAGGUCACUCCAGGAGAAACAGAUGGAGGAGCUGCUGGGGGCCAUGGAGAAGGUAAAGCAGGAGCUGGAGUCCAUGAGGGCCAAGCUGGCCUCUACCCAGCAGUCUCUGUGUGAGAAAGAGGCGCACCUCUCAACCCUGCGAGCUGAGCGCAGGAAACACCUGGAGGAGGUGCUGGAGAUGAAACAGGAGGCGCUGUUGGCAGCUAUCAGCGAGAAGGACGCUAACAUAGCCCUACUGGAGUUGUCUUCCUCUAAGAAGAAGAAGACCCAGGAUGAGGUGGCGCUGCUGAAGCGGGAGAAGGACAGACUGGUGCAACAGCUCAAACAGCAGACUCAGAACCGAAUGAAACUGAUGGCAGACAACUAUGAGGAUGACCAUCUGAAGACCGCCCCUGACCAGACAAAUCACAAACCCUCUCCAGAUCAGAUGAUACCCCCUCUUCUAGCCCUGUCCCAGAACCGCAGUAAGCUCAAGCUCUACAUCGCCCACCUGACAGACCUCUGCCACGACCGGGACCCCAGCAUCCUCAGCCAGCUCACACCACCCUCUCACUACCACCACAGCGACCCCGAAGACUGGGAGAAGGAGCUCCAGAAGAUGAGCGUCGAACAGUUGGAGCGGGAGCUGGAGGUGUGUGAGAAGGAGAGCGGAGAGCUGCAGGAGUACGCCAACUCUGUUCUCCAGCAGAUCGCAGACUACUGCCCCGAUAUCCUGGAGCAGGUUGUCAACGCCCUGGAAGAGUCAUGCUGACAACUCUGACCUCAGACACAACCCAGCUGACGCCUAGUCUUCACCCGACCUGUAGCUGAGCCCCCUACCUCCAACUCAACGAGGCUCCUGGAAGGAUGAGAGAAAGCUGGGGCAUUAUCUCACCCCACUGAGCUUUUCUUCCUCGCUCCCCUCGUCCACCCUGGAACAAACUUUCAUGACUCACAAGUGCUUUCCUGUCUCAUGUGUCUCUAACGUCAGGCCUGCAAAAUCGAAUUAGGGAUGUUCACUCACUCACAGAGGUUUUAAAAAGAGAACGUACCAAAUUCGCUUUUUGCUUGUAGCGUACUUAGAAAAAUCUCAUUGCACACCUGUUAGUCAGGGACAGGUGCGUUGGGAGAGAAAGGAUAUCGGAUGAUUGAAGCAAACUUCCGCACAAAGUCUUGGAGUAUACUGCCAACCUUCCUCUCCCUAGACUUCUUCACUCACAGCAGGAAGUGCUAGAUCAAGCACAGUUACCUCACUCACUUCUAUCUCAGUAGAUUCCUCUCACAAAUCCUUCAACUUAAAAGGGGUAAAUGUAUUCCUCACAUCAGGCAGGAAAGCACUUUUUGUCUUAGAGAACUGGGGAGCUGCUACAUCUAGAGGGGGGCAGAGAGGAGCUGAGCUCAGUGGGUAAAUCAUGGAGCCAUGUAGAUUCUUGUUUUGUAGUCCUCUAAUUAGUAGGUUGGAUCCCAGUCACUAGUUAGAAAUACAGUGACUGGUGGCCGAUCACCUGAAGACUUUUUAACCAAAUAAAUGCAGCAUGUUCUCCAAAUGUUUCCUCUCCCAGCUUGGAGCUGUGGACGUGUCGUCGUAGCCAGAAUUAGGUUGUAGGUACGUUUUUGUUUUUUUACUGUGUAGUCUGUGGCUGGGUAAUCGGCACGAGAGGGGGAUCACAAGACGCAGAUCGAUGGUCAACUUUUAGUUACACUAUGUUCUCGAAUACGAGAGAGAGAGAGGAAACAAAAAAAAAAGCUUUUAUUCUUGGUGACGUAUUAAGUUUUAGAUGGUUUUGCACACAACGUCCACUUGAUUAUGAGGUAUGCAAUGUUUCUUUUUGAGAACGUUCUAGUGGCCUUGGAGCAUGCACAGAGAUCAGUACUGGACCUAAUGCAGGGAUAUUUAUUUCUCUGUAAUAUUGGUGCUAAGGCAUGAUGUAAGAACUUCUGAUCUGAUCCACUGAUCAUUCAGUCUCAUCCAAAGUUUCUAUAGAUGUUACUUAAAGCCCACUUGACCUUUUUAGUUAGUCGACUGAAUCACUGAAGAAUACAAGCGAUGCCCCCCUUUUUUGUUCUUUGUUUUUCUUUCUUGUAUUUUUCAGAUCACUUACAAAAACGCAAGUGAUGCCUCCUUUUAUUGUAUUUUUUUAAAUCUUCAGGGCUGAGGUUUUUAAGUACUAAGUGCAUCUACAUUUACAAGAAAUGAAAGUCACUUUUCAGCAGAUUUUGACUUUUUAGAUCAGUUUGUAAAUAACGUGAUAUUUAACACGUGCAGUGACUGAAUAAAGGUAAUUAAGUGGAAGGUGUUGUGCAUUCUUUAAAAAAAAAAAUCUGAAGAGUUAAAAGCAGUGCAGUUGUCUUUUGUGUCUAAUUUUGUCUUCAAGGACAAAAUGUGUGUGUGUGACAGUACUGCCAUAACUUGCGGAAAGUCAUGUUCUAUAGAGAUCUAUAUAAAUAUAAUACAUAUAUAUAAAAAUGUUUACUGUAUGGAUAUGCAUUGAAUGUUUGCACAGAAUCUUGAAGAGCGAGCCGCUCUGAACAAAAAUGACCGUCAAGUUAGCUUCCUCAGCAGAAACCGAGGAAAGAAGUGUCAAAAAAAAUUGUGUCAAAAAUAACGUGUGAACUACAAAAUGUUUUCAAACCGUGACUGUGUGAAGGGAGAGUACUUUUCUUGCAUUUAUUUCUAAUCGUCAUUCUUUUUUUUAUAUAUUUUCACCACACGGUGAUGUAAAUGUAUUAUCCUGAGAUUCCAGUGUUGUUGUCUUUUCUGUUACGUCAAUAAUUUUUGUUGGUUGAUGUCUGGAUUUGAAAAAAAAAUCUCCAACCAUGAUCCUAAUUUCUAGACACAUUUGGGUGUGUGGAGUAAAAAACAACAUGGAGGAUGGUUGUUGGAUGCUUUUUUUUUUUUUUUUUGUCCUUGUCUGUCAAACUUCUCUGAGUUGGAGAUUACGUCCUCUCCGUCUCUUUUAACCCCACGUCAUUCACCGCUGGGUCCAGAGAAAUAAGGCGACAUCUUUAUUUUUUUUAAGUGUUUUAGUUUCCCUUACUUUGGCCUGUGUGUCCCUGCCCUUGCCUUAAUGUCUUGUCAUCACUUUUUCUCGACUCCUUAUUGAGGAACACAGAGCUGAUUAAGGGGCUUCUGUCAAGUUCAUGGUAUUUUUUUUGUUUUUUUGUUCAUUUGUAUAAGAAAUGUACUGCCUUCUGUCUAUUCGUGUUAAGAAUCAAACUGUGUAAAAAGAAAGCAAAACAGAAAUGUUUGUGAGUUAUUUGGAUUUUGUAUGUAUGUAAAUAAAUAAAUUAUAAGCCUUA